GCAUGUGCGCAUGCGUGGUAUCGCUGGGGCACCGGAUUUGACGUUUUGUUGUGUUUUUUUUUAUUAUUUCCGAUUAGUUAUACAACACAACCAUGUGAUACCGAGAUGGGUAAACGGGGCAGCUCUGAUCAAUGCGGGGCGGGUGGAAAGAGAGCACGGACGCAGGGGAGGAAACGGGCACAGCAAGUCCAAAACCAUGUUAUUGUUGAUAUAUGUGAAGAGGAGAAGCUGCCGUGUAAAAAGGGCAAACCCACAGGCCCAGCUGUCAGAAGCAGGAAACGUUCAGUUAGGUCUGCAGGUGACACUCCACACAGAACUCCAAGGGGAAGAAAAAGUGCAAAAGCUGAGAAAUCAACAAGCAAUGUGGUGAACACAGAAGGGAAAGAGAGAGAGAUCCAGGAACUGCUGGUUCCGCAGGACAAGUCAUUGGCUCCAAAGACAUGUGUGAAGAAAAGCAGUGAUUCCGAGGAGAGCGAUGAUGAAUGGGAGGAUGUGGAAGAACUUAACGAGCCAGUACUUGAGUCCCUCCAAGCCGUAGCUCCCCCAGACCCCGCUGACCCGCAUCAGCCAGUUGAAAUAGAAAUUGAGACCGCAGAAGCUGCAAGGAAGAGACUGCGGAGAGAGAAAAGGAAGACAGAGUUUGCUGCAUAUCUACGCAGAUUAAUGAACCGCUUUAACAAGGAGCUGCAAGAAGAUAUGCAUAAGGUUCACUUGCUGUGCUUGUUGGCCAAUGGUAUUUAUCGCAGUGACACGUGUAACCAGCCAGAUCUACAUGCCGUCGCACUGUCUGUGGUUCCAGUAAAGUUCACUACAGUCCCCCCUGCACGUGUGGAUACUGUGUAUUUGACAAACUUGACAAAAUGGUUCAUUUCAACAUUCACUCUGACUCCUGAAAUGUCCCUGGAUGAGCUAGAGCCCAUGUCAGCUACUCUGGAGCGCAGAUUUGGUGUCUAUGGGGUGAAGGACGAGGUGGAGAUGGUGCAUGUUUAUCUUAUUCUCCUAAGAGCCCUACAGCUGCUGAGCAGGCUGGUGCUGUCCUUACACCCUCUCUCCCUGAAGGAUCAGCCAGCUAAGACCAAAAACAAGACCAAAACAAAAUCUUCCAGCACCAGUACAGAGGGACGUUGUGUUGCGAAAAAAAAACCCAGAAGCAAACUGGGUCAAAGAAAGAAGAAUGAAACAAAAGCAAAAGUUGAAAGUGAUGAGGAAGCGGCAGGUGGCUCUGGAACUGGUCAAGGGGUGGGCCAGCCCAGCACAGGCAAAAACAGAUUAAAGAUCCAGGGAAAAGAGACUAAACCAGCUGUCCAGCCCAAAAACCAGCUCCGAAGGAAGGCAGCAUCCAAAGUUACAUACAAAGAGGAGAGUGAGAGCGGUGGUGAGAGCAGUGGAUCUGACUUCUCAUUGUCUGACAGGGAAAGUGACAGCUUCUCUGACUGGGAGGAAGAGGUCUUUGAAAGGAAAGAGCCAAAGGGAAAGGCUUUUAAUGAAACAGCCAAGAGUCCUUCAGCUCCAACAAAACCUAAAGCAAAGAGCUCACCCAAAAAUAAUGUCCAGGGGAGAGGCAAGGUCAUCUCUACGGAUGAGGAAGAAGAAGAAAAGGUGGUGAAAACGGGCAGCACAGACCAGUGGGUGGAGGUGUAUUUGGAGAGGGAGUGCAAGUGGGUGUGUGUAGAUUGUGUGCAUGGGAUCGUAGGGCAGCCCAGGAUGUGCUUCAAGAUGGCCACCAAACCCGUAACUUAUGUGCUGGGUAUUGACAGCUCUGGCUCUGUAAAGGAUGUAACCCGUAGGUACGAUGCAGAGUGGAUGACUAGAACACGGAAGCGCAGAGUGGAUCCCGAGUGGUGGGAGGAAACUCUUGCACCAUAUCGAAGCCCCAAUGCUGACCGGGAAGAGAAGGAGGACACAGAGUUUGAAGCUAAACUGCUGGAGCAGCCUCUUCCAACAUCUAUUACUGAAUACAAGAACCACCCUCUGUACGUGCUGAAGAGACACCUACUGAAAUACGAAGCCAUUUACCCAGACACUGCCGCCAUCCUGGGGUCUUGCCGAGGAGAAGCAGUUUACUCCAGGUCCUGUGUUCAAGUUCUGCAUUCAAGAGACACCUGGCUGAAAGAGGCCCGUGUGGUGAGACUCGGCGAGGUGCCCUAUAAGAUGGUGAAAGGCCAGUCAAAUCGUGCCCGGAAAGCCCGCCUGGCAGACCCGGAGAAAAAAGAUGCCAAUGACCUGGCUCUGUUUGGCUCCUGGCAAUGUGAGGACUAUCAGCCACCUGUAGCUGUGGAUGGGAAGGUCCCUCGGAACGAGUUUGGGAACGUGUAUUUGUUUAAGCCCUGCAUGUUGCCUAUCGGCUGCGUUCAUCUGCAGGUCUCCAGCCUCAACCGAGUGGCUAGGAAACUGGAUAUUGACUGCGUUCCCGCCAUCACUGGCUUUGAUUUUCACGGUGGCUUCUCGCACCCUGUGACUGAUGGUUACAUUGUCUGUGAAGAGCACAAGGAAGUGCUUUUGGCUGCCUGGGAAAAUGAGCAAGCGGAGAUGGAGCGGAAGCAGAAGGAGAAGCGAGAGAAGCGAGCGCUGGGGAACUGGAAGCUACUGGUAAAGGGUCUUCUGAUCAGAGAGCGUCUGAAACAGCGUUAUGGCAAAAAGGACACAGACUGUGCUGGCCAAGCUGCAGGUGAUGGAGGUUUAUCUUCUGAUGAGGACGACAAACCAACAACAGAGACCCCAGCUCAGGACACGGCUGUCUCAUGGCCUCAAAAUCGCCAGACUCAAGAGACAAAAGGAAAAUUAAAGCAGAAAAGCAAACGUGAAAAAAGAGGAGAAGAGAAGCAUUUAUUUCCCUUUGAAAGGCUUGAACAUGAUACAAACUAGAGGAAGUUUUUCUGUUACCCGCCCCCUAGGAGCCCACAGGCAGCACAUGAGGUUUAUGGCCCUUGUGUGACCUGUACAUCUGCCCGUCUGUAACCUCUGAACUAGGUAGGAACUGAGCUGUCAAGGAGAAAUGUGUAAAUAAGUCAGAAUUUUGUUACUUUGGUACGUUUUUCAUUUCAGACAUUAAAAGUUCUUUGAUAGAAAAUAA